AUGCAUGUAGACAAUGCAGAAGUAGGACAGAGGGGACGACGUUGUGCGAUAGUUGCUGCAAGCCCUCCCACAGAAGCGGCUGUUAUUGCUGCAGAGCCACUGACCAAAGAGGAUCUUAUCAGGUAUCUUGCCUCUGGAUGCAAGACUAAAGAAAAUUGGAGAAUUGGCACUGAGCAGGAGAGGUUUGGCUUUGAUCUAAAGACUUUACAUCCUAUGAAAUAUGAACACAUUGCCGAGUUGCUUAAUGGGAUUGCUGAUAGAUUUGAUUGGGAUAAAAUCAUGGAAGGCAACAACAUUAUUGCACUCAAACAGGGUAAGCAGAGCAUAACACUGGAGCCUGGAGGUCAAUUCGAGCAUAGCGGUGCACCUCUUGAAACUCUGCAUCAAGUUUGUGCUGAAGUCAAUUCACAUCUUUAUCAGGUUAAAGCAGUUCUAAAGGAAAUGGGAAUCGGAUUGCUUGAUAUUGGUUGUCAGCCUAAAUGGGAAGUUAAAGAUAUACCUAUGAUGCCCAAGGAACGAUUCGAAAUUAUUAGAAAUUACAUGCCCAAAGUUAGCUCGCUCGGACUCGAUUUGAUGUUCAGGACUUGCACUGCACAGGUUAAUCUGGACUUCAACUGUGCUUGGCCUUAUUAUGAUGACUUAGCUUUAUUUCAAAUUUGGACUGAUACUGACAAGGAUCGCACUGGCAUGAUUCCUUUUGUUUUAGAUGACACCUUUGGGUUCGAGAAGUAUGUCGAAUAUGCUCUUGAUAUUCCCAUGUACUUUGUUUAUCGGAACAAGAGGCAUUUCGACUGUACUGGGAUGACCUUCCGGGACUUCAUGGCAGGAAAGCUUCGUUGCAUUCCGGGUGAAUUGCCAACCAUGAACGAUUGGGAGAUGCAUUUGGGAACUAUAUAUCCUGAGGUCAGGCUGAAGAGAUACUUG